AUGAAAAUGACGGAAGCUUGGAUUCGAGCAGUCGUUGAAGCCAUCCACUCCACCCCUUCUCAGGCCGUAAUUUAUCUCUCCGGCGGCGCGUCUCAGAGUCUCGGGUUGUUGAUGUCCGUCCCCGGCGCUACCUCUACAGUUCUUGAAGCUCUGGUGCCAUACUCGAGAGUCUCCAUGGUUGAUUUGCUCGGAAAGAUUCCUGCAAGUUACUGUAGCCAGCAAACAGCCGAGGAGAUGGCUUUGUUGGCUUACAACCGGGCUCUUAAGCUCUCUUCCCCUGGUGCUCCUGUUGUUGGUGUGGGCUUCACUGGAUCUCUAGCAAGUUCACGUCCAAAACUUGGGGAUCACAGGGAGUACGAACUCGAGAGCAGGAAGAUACAGUUUCAAUUCACAGAAGAUGAAGAGCUACAGCAAGUUAUAGACGGUCAAAUAUGCUUCAAGAUAUACCCAUUCUCAGCUCCGCCAAAUGCUGAGAGGAAGAUCAUACUUCCUGGUUCUUUUAACCCUUUGCAUGAUGGUCACCUCAAGCUUCUGGAGGUCGCUACUAGCCUUUGUGGCAAUGGCUAUCCGUGCUUUGAAAUAUCAGCGAUAAAUGCAGACAAACCUCCCCUUACUGUUUCCCAAAUCAAAGAUCGGGUGAAGCAGUUUGAAAGAGUUGGCAAAACUGUAAUCAUUUCUAACCAGCCCUAUUUUUAUAAGAAGGCUGAGCUCUUCCCUGGCAGUGCUUUCGUCAUUGGUGCCGAUACAGCAGCAAGGUUGAUAAACCCCAAGUAUUACGAUGGAAGCUAUGAAAAGAUGCUUGAGAUCCUUGGAGCAUGCAAAGCAAGAGGAUGCACUUUUCUUGUGGGUGGUCGAAGCACCGAUGGUGUUUUCAAGGUUCUCGAGGACUUGGAGAUCCCGGAGGUGUUGAAGGACAUGUUUGUGCCGAUACCAGCUGAGAUGUUCCGCAUGGAUAUUUCGUCCACUGAAAUAAGGAAGAGUCGAGGGAUGAUGUGAAGAACUUGAUGCAGAUGGAACUCAACAUGUCUUCUGCAGUUUGCAGUAAUAAAAGUUUUUUGUCCAUGCCCUUCUGUUGUACAGGUAGUUUUCAAGUUUGGAUUUCGGGUCCUCUAGUAAAAGUGCACACAGUGAUGAGAUGAGUUCAGAUUUGUAAGCUAUGCAGCUUUCACCCUUGCUACUGAGAAUUCAAGCCCUCAAAUGAGUAUGGAGUUGUUUGAUUAAGGAAAUGGCUACUUGUUCCAGCUGAAGAAAAUGACAGCAUGUUGCAAAGUUCAGAAACUCAACCGAGUUCGGCGACAAAAAAGGGACAUAGCUUAAAUUGUAAAGAUAUGUGGCAUUGAAAUAGGUCUACCAACCAUUCAACUUGCAGCUGACGAUGUAUUUGUACUUGAGCAUGGUCAUUGCUUCAAAGUUUUAGUUUUGCAACGGUCGACCUAUGUUAUAGUUCUGCAUGUGUUCGCAAUUUAAGCAACUUGCUAUCUAGAACGUCUUUUUGUUCUUGAGUUGGAUGAGCAUAUAAAAUGUAUAUGUAUGAUUUAACCUAGGCUACCGUACAUCUACUAAAUCCAGCGUGAAAUUAUGGA